CAUGUAUAAAAGCGACGGGGUUGGGGCCUAGUCACAUUCUGCCUAGCUCUCCACUCAUAGAGACAUCAUGAAGGCCUUCUUCAUCCUGCUGCUGCUACUGCCCCUGUGCUUGGGUGACUAUGAGAUACGCUGCAAAGGGGAGGACUUCCUGAUGGUGAGGAAUAUGGAUCUCACUUGUCGAGGAAAGACCAAACAGGCAUGCUACACCAGGAGGACUGGUGAAAAGGGAUGCGUCAGAUUGGAGUACUGCUCGAAACCAGGCUGGACAUGCUGUCACGAGGACAACUGUAAUGCAUAACUUCUCCACCAGAGGUCACUGCAAUAUAAUCCCAAAAGGAACAGCUCUGCAGUAUGUGCAGAUCAACUCAGUUUUGAAAGUCCUUUUUUUUUUUUUUACAGAAACCACUUUUAUAUUGCUGCACUUACUACUCUUCCCUUAUCCUUCGUUUUAUAGUACUGUUUUAAAAUAAACAUUCAUCAAAAACUUUACAA